AUGUCGUAUGACAACUUUAAAAGGCCUCUUAAUUCGUUCAUGAUAUAUAGGAUAGUUAUUCACAAUUACCUCAAAGCCAAUAAUGUCAGGUGUUCUAACUGCAUAAUUUCCAAGUUGGCAAGCCAACUGUGGAGGAAUGAAUCUGAAGAGAUUAAAAAUGAGUAUAAACAAUUGGCUGAAACAAUGAAGUGCUAUGAGCAAAAAUUUGAGACAGAAGCCAUUAAUGAUGCCGAAAACCCUAUCUCGCUUGGGACCACAAAUGAUUAUCCUUCGAUCAACAACAACACCGAACCUAACAUGUAUGUCCAACUCCCGACCCACACAUUAAAUAUUAAUUCGUCAUCCAUCACCAAUGAUACAGAGAAUACAACACAAACAUUAAACUUCCAAAAUAAUCAAUUUUUUUUUUCGUUUAUUCCUUAA